UUUUUUGGGAGAGGUGGUUGUACCUUUUUAAAUUGUUUGAAUUGCAUCAUUUAACAAUAAAAAUGGCUCUUCGUUCUCUUUACAAAUGUCGUGUAUUAUUAUCGAAACAAUUAAUUGAGAAAAAAUUAUUAGUUACGAUACCAAAACAAGUACAAAAAUAUACAACAAGUACCUCACCACUAUUAAAAAAAGAGGAAAUUCACGUUACGUUUAUUAAACCUGACGGUGAGAAAAUCAAAGUUAAAGCGAAUAUUGGUGAUAAUUUAUUAGAUGUAGUUGUUAACCACGAUUUAGAUUUUGAUGGAUAUGGUGCUUGUGAAGGCACUUUGACAUGUUCGACAUGUCACGUAAUUCUAAAACAAGAAGAUUACGAUAAGGUGCCUGAUAAACCAACGGAAGAUGAAAUGGAUAUGUUAGAUUUAGCUUUUGAAUUAACGGACACAUCACGAUUAGGAUGUCAAGUUGUUUUAACGAAAGAAAUGGAUGGUAUUGAAGUUAAAGUUCCAGCUACAAUAAAUGAUGUCCGAAAUUCUAGAUAAUAUUUGUUAGAUUAUAAUUAGGUGUAAAUUUGUGUUCGAAAAAAUGAGACGAUAAAUUAAUAUUCUUAUAAUUU